AUGUGGUUUAUUCUAUGUGUCCAACUUGUUGCAUCUUUGGUUACAAAUUGCAAGACCUACGAUGAAGAGUUGUGUACGGCAUGUAAUACGAUGUACUAUUUGGUCGCGACAAAUGUUACCAAUGGGGAGGUCACUGUGUUUGAAUGUCAACCAGUAACACAGGUCUCUAACUGUAACACUUAUGAUAACAACUUGUGCACGAUGUGUAUGAGUGGUUAUGUUCUUGAUAUUCAAAACAACAAGUGUGUUCCUUGUAUGGUGACUUCUGGGGCGUUUUUGUGUCAAACGUGUGUUUUAGAAAAUGGCAAUACAAAAUGUCUUGAGUGCAACAACAAGUUUACUUUGGUGCAAUCAACGAAUGACUGCAUUGACUGUUCGUCUGAUUUACAUGUAAAUACCACUCAAUGUGGGUAUUGUGGAGAAGGUCUGUACUACAACACAACACUUGGUUCUUGUGAUAAGUGUCAAACAAAUUGUACGAUGUGCACCACAUUGAACAAUUGUUUUAAAUGCACCAACAACAGCUUUUUGUUUUACACAGAAGGGAGUGAUUUAUGUGGACCUCUUGAUUCGUGUGUUAGUGGAUACGUGAAAGACAAUUACUGCACAAAAUGUGAAGAAGGUACUCAACUUAAAAAUGGAUAUUGUUAUGACUGUGGUAACAAUUGUACAUACUGUUCAGUAAUCAAAAGUGACAACAAUUAUGUCUUUUCAACGUGUAGUUUCUGUGAUGUGGGAUACGUCAUAACUUCUUCUAAAACAUGUAAGUUGGCUUCAGACAUCCAUUGUAAGUCUGGGAGUCGGUCGCAAGGUUGUACUUCUUGUGAAAAUGGGUAUUUCAUGAAUUCGAAUUGGGAAUGUCAACAAUGUGCGUCUCAUUGUACUUCUUGUGUUCAAAAUUCCACUUACUGUACUCAAUGUGAUUUGGGAUUUUAUUUGGAUGGUACGGGUUCUUGUACCACCAAAGAUGUCAGAUGCAAGAAAACAAACAACGGAGGGUGUAUAGAAUGUGACAAUCCAAAAGACCCAACAAGUACUAAAGAUGGAUAUUAUCUCCUCAACGGAAGUUGUGAAGUGUGUAACACAACAUGCAACAGUUGUUUCAACAACUCAAAUGAUUGUUUGUCAUGUAAACCCGGAUACUUACUUAUUCCAAAAGAAAACAGUUCUUAUUACUCAUGUGAGGUGAAAGACAAUUUAUGUGCUGAAAGUGUGUUGGGACGUUGCACUAAGUGUCGGGAAGGGUAUUUCAAAAAACAGAAUUCUAAUUACGAAAGAUGUAUAAAAUGUGACGCAACGUGCAGAUCGUGUACAAACGAAACACAUUGUGUUGAGUGUGAAGAUGAUAUGUACAUGUCCAGAACAGAGUAUGGAGUGUGUCGACCAUUGAGUGAAAUCAAUAUGACGUGCAAAGCUUCAAUUGUUGGUUGUACGUCGUGUUAUUCUCACUUCUACAAAGCUGAAAAGGAUGACUUCAAUUGUACGUCCUGUCCUGAUUCAUGUCAAGAGUGUGUUCCAAGUCCGUUAGGAGGGGCCGUUUGUGUUUCAUGUUUUAAUGAUCAACUGUAUAUUGCAAAUGGUACCUGCGCCCCUUGUAAACUUAUUGACAAAUGUAUUCAAUGCGAUGUGACUGGAUGUAUUAAGUGUUCUGAAAACUAUCAACUUAGUGAUGGAAGUUGUUACCGAACGAGUCUGUCAACUGUUUUAAUUCCUAUAGGUCUUUCAGUUGGGCUUGUAGCAAUGUGUUCUGUUAUCAUUGUAGUUGUUCUCGUUGUGUUGUACAUAAGAAGGAGGAAAGAAUGUUCCAUUGAUAAGUACAAAUCAAAAGACGAAGUGUUGUAA